CCGCAGACUCCCCGCAGCCACCGGCCUCAGACCCCGCACGCUCCACAGGCGCGUAUGCAGGGGGGAAACGCGGGGCACCGUGGCCGGCGGGCUAGCGCGAGCGAUGGGGUGUCGAUCACGAUGUUGAGCGUGUCCGACCAGCCCCAGUACAAACCCAAGCCCCAGUCGGCCCCUCACCGGCGUAAGAUGCAUCCGCCGCUCCCUCGUGUCCCCGCUCGAGCCGAGGCCCCCCUUCAGUCGCACGCACAUGCACAGAGCGAGACCUACGCCCAAUCACAGAAGCAGACGCACAGCCGGAACGCGAGCUCGGCGGUGUCUGCGUCGGGCGCGCGCGCGCCGCAUGGCGAGACUUGGGUCGGGCAGUGGAAUCGCGCGGAUAUUGGUCAAGUGCAGAAGGAGUUGCGACGCAUGCGGUUGCGAUGAGCAGACGAUGAAUGCGCGCAUUCAGGUCGUUGUUGCCGAUGCCCAGCGCGCGCUUCGGUCGCGCGCUGGUCUCUUUGACCGCUUUGAAAAUUUUCCACUUUUUCACUUCUGCUUUUCAGGUGCAUAUAUUCCCGAUUUUUCUCUCUGAAUCUUGUUUCCCCUUAAUCUUAUCCCACUACCUAUUGGCGAUGUGCGUGUCUCCACUUGUAUACUUAAUGGCGCCCACCCUCGCGUUGGCCGAUGCCUUGCUCUGUAGCGUCGUAGAACACUCGAUAUCCAGCACUCAUACAUACCUACCUCGCUGUAUUUACUUGCUCUCGCGGACUUUUUGUAUCGGAAUUGGAAUCUAAAACGACAUUGUUGUUCAUGUAUAUCAUUGUAGCAACGCGACCUUGUUUUCUCUUUUCUGGG